AUGUCGUUUUCCCGGAUUACGAGAUCAGGGGUAGCAACCUUCUGCAAGUUUUCGGCUGCAGCGUCUGUAGCCGGUGCCGGUGGCUGGCAGUUAUGGACAAUGCAUUGCUAUUUCGAGCCAUUUGGGCCUGGAAAUGAUCCUCUGUUCCAGAGUAAAUACUUCAAACAGCACAACCCUGGGAAUCAUCCUUCUCUCAACGACUCUUGUGUGCGAAAGGUGCCGCUAUCCCAGAUCCCACCGGAAUUGGUCGAUGAUGCCCUUAAUGGGGGUUCAAAGCUCCUCGAGAGGUUCUGCGCGGGCGUAUGGGGUGGUUAUGGAUACGCCAUCCAACGGAACAUACUGGCUCGACUGGGACGGAAUGACUCUAACAAGGACUCGGUGCUGUGGGGUAAAAAGCAGCUACUGAACAGCACCUACGAAGAAGGGACCAAUGUAACUGAUCACUUCGUCGUCGUUGGGAAGACUCCCAGAUCCGUCAUCCUGUGGGGAGCCCAUUCCCCGUCGGAGAAUCCAGGAGUCCCUCGGGACAUGGAGAACCUCGCCGAAAUUACGACGGAUAUCGACUUAGACCAUGGUGUGGCCGAGUUCAGGCUGAAGAACAUCUUCUACAACGGCGUGGAGCGGACAUCGAAAGACCCGUUUCCGCCGCCGAUCGUGUGGUUGCAUUUCCAAUACUGCAAAUUGUUGGUUGAGGCGGGAGUGAGCCACUGCAAGGCGUAG